CUCAACCCACCACAAUUCCCUUUUCUUCAGUAUUCAUCUGCGGAGUCGGAGUUUUGUUUUAAAAUGGCGGCUUCCAGCUCUGAGAACGAUUUGAAAACCCAAGUUCCAAGCUCAAAUGAAGCCGAGCAGUCUCAGAUUCAAGCUAUUCGAAUGCCAAGCAUGGAGGAGAUUCGUGCUCAAGAAGUUUGGAAUAACUGUGCUGUUCGUAGCGUCGCCAGUGGAGUCAUGGGAGGUGGGUUGGGAUUCAUGAUGGGCGUUUUUCUGGGUGCAUUGGAUAAUCCUAUAAUGCAAGAACAAAUGAGUGGAAGGCAACAGUUAAUUUAUAACUUAAAGCAAAUGGGGACAAGAAGCUGGAGUUCUGCAAAAACAUUUGCAGUUAUGGGCGUUGUGUUUUCUGCCGUCGAAUGUGUUGUUGAGAAGGCUCGGGCGAAACAUGACACCACAAAUACUGUUGUUGCUGGUUGUGUAACUGGAGGAACAAUGUCAGCGAAAGCCGGUCCGAAAGCAGCAUGUGUUGGCUGUGUUGGCUUUGCUGCAUUCUCGGUUGCAAUCGAGAAGUUUUUCGAUAGACACACUUGAUGGAAGAGUUACCUCUGCUUCAAUUUUGCAGACAUCUUUAUUUGUAGAGACGGAAUUCACGGCUCACCUACUGAAUUUAUCAUUUAUUUUUGUGCAAUUUGUACCUGAUUCAUAACAACAAUGGAAGGCAUAUAGUGUUCUCAGGAGUUGAAAUCCUUCUAUGUUUUGAUUUCUGUUC